AUGUUAUCGAGCCUAGAUGACAAGUCGAACUCUUCGGAAAGCCUUAUGAAAAUCAGAUUUGAGUCAAGUGUUAUGCAGAAUAUACUUACGAAGUUGAAUAAAAGUCUAUACAAUAACCCAGACAGUUUACCAACAACAAUGAUCGGCUAUUUGCUUCCAUUCACAUCAGGAAUCCCAAACCAUAGCGGGGAAAGUUUCCCAUCUGAAUGUAUGUCACUGAUAGAUCUACUUGUAAAACAGUGCGAAGUUAAAAUUUACACACAAAGUCAUUUAUUACCGUUAUACUCUUAUCCACUUACUCCAGGCAAUUCACUUCUUGGACAGAUUACGUGUCCAACACCCUUGUUAAGUUUGCACAAUUUACACCAAGGCGGUACUAUGUGUCAGUUGAACAAUCAAAUACUGAUCAAAUUAAAAAAUGAUCCAGUUAUUUAUCGUUACGACUGUGAACGAGAACAGGAAAUUCCUUCAUGGAAAUCAAGUUCAGGAUAUUUAUACUUGACACCAAAUGGUAAAUAUGCUAUUAUCAUAGAUGAGGCUAAGCGGGAUACGCUAAAGAUUCACCAAAUUGAUAUAGACAUCAAUGGAUGUGUGCCGUUGAUUGGUCAAAUCAAUCCAGGUCUUUGGAUCAAUCCGGUUUGGUCUAAGUGUCCUACUGAGGAAACACUAAGUAUGGAGAUCAUCUUCUUAGAUGUCACAGAUGACUAUGUGGGAUUUAUCGUACAGACUAAAAAUACACGUAGUUUCUUAAAUCCUAGUGAAUAUGUUGAAUUUCUAGAGGAACACCAAGAAGAUGAGCAUUUUUACAGUAAGAGCAAUGACAGCAUCAAUCCUACAGAUAAAUUCAAGGCCAAGAACUUGGUCAAUAAACCAUUUUUAUUGUAUCACAUUCCUGAAAGUUUGGCUGCUGGUACUAUCAACCACGUUGUUAUCUUCGAAUUGACUACAGGAAAACCGUUACACUUAAUAAGUCCAACACCUUGUGCUACAUUAGUUAAACUUGUACAGGUGAAUAAAACAAGUGAGAAAACAAUAGGGUUAGAAAAUAAUUAUGAAGAUGGUGAUGAUGAUAGAGAUAUAAAAAGCAGUGUUGACUUAUUUUUUGUCAAUUCAGUCGAUCAUUUACUUGGAUUUCACCUUAAAUCUGGUGAACAACAGUUCUCUGUUGACUUACAUUUUGUACCGCGUAAAAUAUUAGUCAGCAACGAUAACCGACGUUUGUUUAUACUGGACAGCAAUAAUCCAUGCGUUUUACACUUACUAAUCAAUAAAUUAGGUCGAAUCAACAAGUCAUUUCGUAUUUCUUAUGAUGAUUUAAUCACAAAAGAUAAUAUUAUUGAUAUCAAACUGUCAAGAUACUACUCGUUUCUACUGGUGCAUGCUAUGAAGAAUGUAUUAGUGUAUGACUAUGAAAAUGAUGCUGUAUUUGUACAUAUUACACGUCCAGUUGGUAUACCAAGAGAAUUUCGUCUACCAAAUUCAAAAUAUCAAAAGUUAGUUUUCACUGCUGCUGAAUUUGCUUUGAAUGAUCAAAUUGUUUUAGCUGCAAUAUUUCGUAACAUUUUGAUCUGGGAUAUACGUUUAGGUGUUCAGCUGACUACAUUAACUUCAUCUGUUGGAGUUAUUUCACGCUUGUUAAUCGAUUCUUCAGAAAGACAGCUAAUUGGUUAUAUAAGUACAUCGAAAAUUUUAAAUUUAUGGAAUUUACCAUUAGCACUCACAAAUGCUGCUUUAAAACAAAGCUCUAACUUAUCAUCUGGUUCACUUUUAAACGAUAGUAACAGAAUGGACUGUUUAACUAAACCAAUUGAUCGACUAAUCUAUUCACAGUCAUCGAGUUUAUUGUUGGUAACCUGUCAAAAUAGUGACGAGUUAGGUGUGUUUGAUCUACGCAGUGGACACCUUACUGACAUGUUUACGCAUAACGGAGUUGUCCGAUCAGCUGUGCUAAGCUCAUGUGGUAAAUAUGCUUUGGUUGGUCUAGUUAUAGAUGAACAAACAGAAGGAAAUGCUAACUUAAUCUGGGAUUUAUCUAAAAGGUCUAUUAUUGUUGAAUAUGGUGAACGUGUUGGAUUUCAUAUUGGCAGAGUUAAACAAGGAGGAAGUUUCCUUCAUUUAAUACCAGAUUUAUCUCUGAUUAAUAAUGACAAUCAGCGAUACUCCUACAUAAUUUUAAGUGUGGAGAUUGAUGAAACUGAUACUAAUGGAGAUAAAGCUGUUGUAAAACCAGUUAUAUCCAAUAAAAUACCAUCCAUAGUCUCUGGAUCCAGACCUUUCAUGACAUCAGAUGAUCAGCAUUUAGCUAUGCAAAUAGAAGGUUGUGAUGAACUGAAACAAGGCUCUUACAUAUGCCAAGAACUAGCAUUCUGGAGCUUAUCUCCACCUACUGAACAAAUCUCAACAGUUUGGAAUGGGAGGUUAUGGUAUACGCAUACAAAAGAACUGAAAGCAUUAUUAACUGACAACGUGGAUUAUGAAUUGCACAUCUUAAACUGUGAACCUAUUCAAAAUGAUUCUUCUCAGCUUCUUAUAUAUUUUUCGAAAUUUAAAGAAUAUAUGAAAUCAAAUCUUUGCACCAAUUGGAUUACAGGUAAAGGACUUCCCAAAGGUAUACUUUCAGCUGAAAUUGUGCAAACAAAUCAAACUGGCCAACCAAAUGAGUGGAUCCUUGUAAUAUUGAGAUCUAUUAUAGGAUUAAGUGAACAGUCACCUUUUCACUCUCUUCACUAUUCUUUUCGAAAGCAUGAACUUUACGACUCCACCUCUGGUAAGUAUUAUUUUCUACCAUCAGGAACAAGAAAUAUUUCAGAAGUUUAUUUCAGAGAGACCAAACCUGGUUUUACAAUACAAAAAACUAAACAAUCCACUGACUCUGAUUCAGUCAUAUUCCAUGGCUACAUACUUGAAGAUAAUCUCUGCAUUUUCUCAUACCAAUCCGCAGUGUAUUUAGUUCGGCCAAAAACAGCUAACAUUAUUGCUUCCAUCGAUGUUCAUCAUAUCAUAACGUCUAUAGCAAAAGAUCCAAUUGAUGAUCAAAGUCUGUUCAUAGGAACAACUGACGGUUAUAUUAUUUCACACAAGAUUUUAACUGAAGACAGUGAUCUCAGCAUGGAAGGUAAGAGUUCGUUACCACUGCAGGAGAUCUACUUCAACCUGCAUCCAGGUGCACUUGAACAGUAUGAUCAGAAUUUAAACUUCCAUACUGCCUAUAUCAAAAGAAACGAUGGGAAACAGAAGAAUAAAACAAUCCAUUAUUCUCCAUUUAAAUUUAUGAAAUCAGAUGACUUUAAGCUUUAUCAGCGUUCUGGGCAUUUUCUUGAGAAACGAUCGCAAACUUGUUCACUCUUAUGAGCAGUACGUAGCAAAAUGAACAGUAAACAAUCCAGAUGAAGCAAAUUGCUUCCUUUCCUAUAUAAAUUGACUAACUGAUGGUAAUCAAGUUUAUGUUGUUGCCUUUGUCUACG